AUGUUUCAACAAUACUACAAAAAAGACUUCCAACGGUACAUUCCUGAUUGGAUUACCACCAUAAUCAUCUUCUUAGCCUUUGCAUGCUACUUAGAAUGGGCAAUUCCUUAUGCCAGACCUUUUAAACUUUCAAAUCCCGAUAUUCAACAUCAAUUUGCUGAGGUUCAAAUAGUUAAUGAUUUUGGUCUUUACGUGUUAACAUUCAUCAUCCCUUUGACUAUCAUGUGUGCAUUGAUCUUCACUUCCAAGAAGGAUAGGUACGAACAAGUUCAUCAUUUACACAUGACACUUCUUGCCUUUACAUUAAAUUUCGUAUCAGUUGGAGCUGUAACUGAUUUCUUGAAAAUCUGGAUCAGUAGACCUAGACCUGAUUUUUUAUCUCGUUGUUUACCAAAACCCGAUACUCCUUUGGAUACUUAUGUUACAAUUGAAGUUUGUUCCACAUUCACUGAAGCUACGAACUGGAGACUUAUUGAUGGAAUGAAAUCAUGUCCUUCAGGUCACUCAUCAUUAGCUAUGAGUGGAGCUAUUUUCUUAGCUUUAUGGUUGACUUAUGAAUGGAAAUUAACUAAAACUUCUUCUGUUCAUUGGUGGAUACUUUCCUGGGGUUACGUAUUAGUAGGAGCAUGCAUUGGAAUUUCCAGAUCAAUUGAUUAUCGUCAUCAUCUUACAGAUAUUCUUUUUGGAUUCUUACUUGGAGGUGUUGGAGCAUUCUUAUCAUAUAAGAAAUAUUUCCCUAUAGAGACUGCGGAUAAUCUUCCUUUAUAA